UCGAAAUUAUUAAUUUUAGAAAAUAAAAUGUUGAAAGGUCAAGGCUUUGGGGGUUGCACUCGAGCGGCGGCUCCGGCGUCCCUCCGCCAUAUGCAGAGRCCAUCGCUUUGUAGCAUCCACGCCGAAGCUGCUUUUUUGCCUCCUUAUUGGAAUCCCAGCUGCCAGAAGCAGAAGAGUAGCAACGGGCGGCUCAGCUUGGUUUGCCGCCGUGAAAUUAAAGCAGGCUUAUCCACUUCCGCCAAACCCACCACCAGCGUUCAGACCAAAGUGGUUGUCAAAAAGAUCACUGGAUUAUCCACUUCCUCGCAAUUUCUAAGGGAUGUCAAAGACGACGUCGAAAAGUUUCUCAAACUCCAGUUCGCCAGCAACCUGCUCGACCCUAGAACCGGGUCGGAGAAGGCGACGAUCAGAGUUGAGGCAAAAUUGACGAGUGAGGAUUUGGUGGAAGAAAUUUACGAGGCAAGUUUCCAAGUUGCAUCAGAUUUUGGGGAGAUAGGGGCCGUGAUUGUUGAAAACCCCAAUGAAAAGGAGAUGUACAUCAAAGAAGUGGACCUCACUGGGCUGGCUUCUGGUCCCUCCACCAUCACCUGCAACUCCUGGGUUCAACCUCCCACCGUGCUUCCUAAAGUACAGAGAGUCUUCUUCACCAGCAAGUCAUACUUGCCGUUCCAGACGCCUGCUGGGCUCAAGUCCAUGAGAGCGGCCGAGCUCGUGAAUCUACGAGGCAAUGGCACCGGUGAGCGUAAAUCGACCGAUAACAUAUACGAUUACGAUGUGUACAACGACCUUGGUGAUUGCACACUAGAAGAACUCAGAAGGCCAGUUCUUGGCGGCCUUGAGCGCCCUUAUCCUAGACGUUGCAGAACUGGCCGUCCACAUUGUAAAAAAGACCCAGACACGGAAGAAAAGCCAGUAGGGAGCAUGUACGUCCCUCGGGACCAGACAUUCUCUAAUGUAAAGCAAGCUGUAUUCACCAUAGAUUUGUUGCGCGCCGCUUUUCCAAAAUUGGAAAUAUUUUUUGAUAAGAAGGCCACAUUCUCCAACUUUGAGGAGAUUGAUGCACUUUUCAGUAGGGAUGGCUUCAAUCUACGCAAUCUGGAAUCCCCCACCUCUCUUAACGAUCUUUUACCUUGGAGAUUCAAGCUCGUCUCUGAAACUGAAGAAUUUUUCUUACACUUUCAGCGUCCUGAACCCAUGGACCGAGACAAGUUCUUCUGGUUAAGUGAUGAAGAAUUUGCAAGAGAAACUCUUGCGGGUCUUAACCCAUACAGCAUACAAUUGGUCACGGAAUGGCCACUGAUGAGCAAACUUGACCCCGAAAUUUAUGGCCCUCCUGAAUCUGCAUUCAACACCCAAAUGCUCGAUCAGCAAAUUGGCUCAAUGACAGUUCAAGAGGCAAUUCAAAAGAAAAAAUUGUUUAUAGUGGAUUACCAUGACAUGUUGUUGCCAUAUGUUCAAAAAGUGAGAGCCCUAAAAGGAACCACGCUUUAUGGAUCAAGGACACUAUUUUUUCUAAACGAAGAUGAAACCCUCAGACCACUAGCUAUCGAGCUAACUCGACCACCCAUGGACGACAAACCGCAAUGGAAGAGAGUCUAUGGACCCAGCGAGCAGGCCACUCACCUUUGGGUUUGGAGAUUUGCCAAAGCCCAUGCUCUGGUCAAUGACGCUGGUUAUCACCAACUCAUCACUCAUUGGUUAAGAACUCACUGCUCCGUGGAGCCUUACUGCAUAGCCACAAACAGACAAUUGAGUGCAAUGCAUCCUAUCUAUAGGCUUCUACAUCCUCAUUUUAGGUACACUAUGGAGAUCAAUGCAGAUGCUCGUAGCAACCUUAUUAAUGCAGAUGGGAUAAUAGAGACCACGUUUUCAACUAAAAAAUAUUCCAUGGAGUUGAGUUCCACAGCUUAUCAUCUUCAGUGGCAAUUUGACUUACAAGCCCUGCCAGCUGACCUAAUUCACAGGGGAUUGGCAGAGGAGGAUCCAUUUGCUUCACAUGGUCUGAAACUGAACAUCAAAGACUAUCCAUUCGCUAAUGAUGGUUUGAUUUUGUGGGAUGCUCUUAAAGAAUGGGUCACGGAAUAUGUGAAUCAUUACUAUCCAGACCCAUACCUGAUAACAUCUGACACAGAGCUCCAAGCAUGGUGGACUGAGAUUAGAACUGUGGGGCAUGCAGACAAAAAAUAUGCGCCGGGGUGGCCAGCUCUCAACACUCCCCAAGAUCUAAUAGACAUUAUAACAAACAUUGCGUGGGUAGCGUCUGCUCACCACGCCGCCGUGAACUUCGGGCAAUAUGCAUAUGCAGGCUAUUUCCCAAACAGGCCCAGCAUAGCAAGAACCAACAUGCCCACAGAAGAUUUCAACCCUGCACUUUGGAGAAGUUUCUUAGAAAAGCCAGAAGAUGUGCUUCUAGACGCCUUUCCGUCGCCAAAUCAAGCGACAACGGUAAUGUUGGUGCUGGAUGUGCUGUCGAGUCACUCUCCAGAUGAAGAGUAUAUUGGAAAGACUAUGGAACCAUCGUGGGGCGAUGAUCCUGUAAUAAAGGCAGCAUUUGAUAGGUUCAGUAUGAAGAUGAAGGAAUUGGAGGUGAUAAUUGAUUAUAGGAAUGCUGAUUGCAACUUGAAGAAUAGAACUGGAGCUGGUAUUACUCCCUAUGAACUUUUGAAGCCAUUUUCAGGACCUGGAGUCACUGGAAAAGGAGUUCCGUGUAGUGUUUCCAUUUGAUCUAUGGAGGGUGUCGGAAUUAAAAUAUGAACAACUCUAAUGUAAUAGACAUCAAUUUGGAGGAAAUAAACAUUUAUAU